CGUGAACAGCUAAACCAUUUAUGCCAUUCAAGAAGAUUAAUGGGUUUCCUCUAUAUUUGCAUGUAGCAGCUACUUUAUAUUUUUGCUCACCAGCUUCACCCAACCAAGAAGUGCUGCGGAAUUGAAAAGUUUAAAGCAUGCAUGAGGAAUGACUUCUUUGUUUGAAAUGAGGAAUGACUUCUUUGUUUGAAAGUUCCUGGAAGCAAGCAUUUUGGUUCUUUAGAAUGGGAGGUAAUCAAGUUGUAGAAUAUUGUGAAGAGGAGGUGCCAACCUUUUGGAGUGGAGAGUGUUUCUGCUAGCUCUGCUUAAAACUCUCUUUUCUAGUUGGGAUGAUUGUGAACAAUUAUUCCAUAAAAGAAAUGGAGCUACUUGGCAGAAUCAUUGGGUGUUAAAUAUUGUAAUCAAUAGAGGCACUAUGCAGGUUGGUGACCCCAAAGCUUUGCUGCCGGCAUAUUGUGAUAUGUUUGGAGUUCCGGGAUCACAAACAACACUAUAGAAAAAGUUGAAUUCAAAGUGUAGCGGCUUUCACCGAAUGCGUAGCAACAAAAUACCUCGGUCUUACUGGUUUCCAUCCCAAUCGGAACAAGUUACCACAAUGUUCUGCAUAAUGAUUAUUAUUUGCACCUUCUCCCCUUUGUGUUUCCACUACUUGCUCUUGAAUGAUCAGACACGCUAAAUUGCUUCAACUGCUAGCAAGAUCUCUUAAGUGGUCGAGCAUUUCUUCUAAGAAGCAAAUAGAUUUUUGGAAUUUUGGAGCAUUGUUUUUAGAUCUUCAUAAGAAAAAAGAGGAAUUAUCAACUUCCUUUGCCCCUUCGGGAAUGACAGAAGAUCAGUUUUCUUUUCAAUUCUACAAAAACAAGCUGAAGAGUAGUUCCUCAAGCUAUAAGAGGUAAAAUUUUCUUAAUCAUGCAGACAAUAUCUUGAAAUUAGCUGUCCAUUUUCUUCAGUUCUUGUUUUCAUUUCUUCUGAACAAGUUGUCUACUUUCCAUAUUUAACAAAUAAAUUACUUUGAAUUGCCUGAAAUAUCCAUCAAAUAGGGUUUGAGCACUCCUGACUUGAAUAGGUGACAAAAUCAUUUGAAGGACUUAAUUAGGCAUUUCUUACUCAUUUCUUAAAUAUGAGAGUUCUUAGAGAGUAGACAACUAUGUCUGUACGGAGGGAGUGUAAUUUGAAAGAUUUUGAAUGAUUAGAGUUCAUUUCAGUCCACUCGUUGAGGUUCAAGAUAAGAGUAAUACAGUAAAUAGUUAAAGAAUUGAUAAGAUUAAAAAAAAGUAUACUCCAUAUAUUUCCCAAUCUGAUGGGGAAAAAACAGAACACUGUACAAAAAAAUAUGUUUCUCUAUAAGGUUGUUCUAAUGACUGAACUAAGAUGUAUAAAGUGUAUCAAUAUCUGCUACUCAUUCUAGAGAUGAUGUCCAGGAAGGAGUCCUCCGGACAAGGAAUCGUAAGCCCACCCAUUGGAUGAUCGAAUCCAAAUUCUUCUUCGGAUUGACAUAACAGCUCUUGGAAUGAAUGGUUCUUUAGGUAUGAAAUUGGAAGCACGAAGCGUUUCUUCUCACCCAUGCCUACAUAGACUGCAAAGUGACCCUUGGGAACCUCGCCAUCUCUAUUAGUUCUUGAGGAAGACCUUCUGAGGCCAUGUUUCCCACGGAGAAUGUGCCCCAUGCUGAUUGCCAUUUUUAUUUGAAGUAUGAAUUUGAAUGAGAUAACACAGAAACAAUUUGUGAAAGCAAAAAGUUUAUUUUCUAUGAAGAAAGAGCUUUAGUUUUGUUGUGUGGGAUGAGCAGCUAGCUACUUGAAUGUGUUUAUAUAGAUAGAUAUAUAAUCCAUUCAGGAAGUUUCCAUCUUGCAAAAAAAUAUGAUAUGUAACUCAAUUGUCUUCCACAUGUUUUUGUCUUUCAAUAAUAGUGUGCACUACCAACUUUGCAGGCCCAGAACAUCAUUCCCCACUUGGGAUUGGGAUGGCUCAACCACUCACUCAAGAAAAACCUCAGCUAAUGCCCCCACUGCAAUCUGGGAAGGACACCAUGUUUAAAGAUUGUCUCAGCCUCUGCACUUCAGAGUUGAUCAUCUGGGUAUUCAUUUUCUUCAUCAAACACUGCAUUUCAGCAUAUCAGAUUUUUCUGCAAAUCUUCUUGCUCUGUUCCAUUCAGCCUGUGUCGGGCUCCGUCAAUGGGUUCCGGGCGAUUGGACACGCUCGCUCUCUGAUGUCCGCCGCCGUGAGCCUGGUUUCGUCGGAGCAUCUAUUCUGGAACCACAGGGGCGGUGCCGACCACGUCUUCGUCGCUUCUCACAACUUCGGCUCUGAUACGGGCCUAACAUCACACGAAGAGUUAUUGGAGACCGAACCCAACGAUACUGGGCCUACACAAGAAGCCCAUGCAGAGCAUGACGAUGAUCAAGAAGACGUCCAAGGAGCGGGACGACCGAAGCGGAAUAAACGACGGACAACCCAACGUUGCCGCCUAGGGUUUCUCGUUCCUUUGCCGACAAGUUCCCUUAUCUCGUUGCCGUUCUCAUCACCGUUCUCAUGUCGACUCCAGCACCUCCAAGGCGCCAUCACCAUAGAUGAUCUCCUACAGGCCAUCAAUAACCUGAGCGCCGAACUACAGACAACUAAAGGGCAGGUGGCGGCGCUAGCGGCAACUGGCCCCCAUGGCGAGACUCGCUGGAACCGUCCUCCUGGGAUGGGCUGGCGACCUCCACCCAACCGUCCUCCUAAUGGUGGAACCAAUAACGAGGCCAUUCCGCGCAUGCGCGUGGAGGCACCGCGCUUCAACGGGGAUGACCCGGCAGGGUGGAUUUUCCGGAUUCAAAACUAUUUUGAUUAUUUUCUUACACCCCAGGGUGAACGUUUGCAAUUGGUCGCUAUGUUGAUUGAUUUCCCGGCAUCCGAUUGGUUUCGUUAUUACCAAACCAACAACUGUGGCACGAGUUGGGAGGCGUUUCUGAUUGCCGUGCGCCAACGCUUCGACCCCGACUACUACGAAAAUUACAUUGGCUCGCUGUCUAAACUGCACCAGACCACUUCGGUCAUGGCCUACCAAACCGCCUUCGAGACUAUUCUCAACAAAAUUUCAGGGGUACCGGAACAAACGUUGAUUGCCAUGUAUGUUUCCGGGCUGCGACAACCGGUUCAGAGGGAGGUUAACCUUCGUAACCCCCGAACUCUUCAAGAGGCUUUUGGGUUGGCUCGGGAACUGUCUGCUACUCACAAUGAUUCGGCUGCAUUCUGUCGUCCUUGGCCUUCUCGACUGCCAGGUCCUGGUUCUUCUAGUGCAGCGCCGACUGGUUCAGUCCCAACUACCACAGGCAGUAAGGUUUCUGCUCCUCCCACAGCCCCACCUUUACCCGUUGUCCGAGUUUCUCAGGCCCAAAAGAAUGAACGUAGUAAAAAGGGAUUAUGUUGGUAUUGUGAGGAAAAGUGGGUACCGGGCCACCACUGUAAGGGCCGCUUCCUCGCAUAUAUGGGACCGGAUGAUGAUGAUCCCUCUGAUGAGAUCACGCCGGACAGCUCCUCGGAGGUUGACGAGGGGGUAAUCUUGGCCGACGUCUCUAGUUUGCACUCCUUAGCCGGCAGCCCGAGUCCCCGGGCUCUAAAGCUGGUCGGGUCGGUCAAUACCCACGAGGUCAAUGUUCUGCUGGACUCCGGUAGCACGCACAACUUUGUCCAUCCCUCCGUGGCAGAACGCUUGGCGUUGGUACUUCACCCGGUUCCCCCGUUUCGUGUCUACGUGGGUAACGGGGAUUCACUGCGUUGCGCCUAUUCCUGCCCGCGCACGCCAUUAUUAUUACAGGGCACACUCUUUGAAGUCGACUUAUAUCUUCUCGAAAUCCAUGGACCCGACGUGGUCCUUGGUGUCCAAUGGCUUUAGAAUUUGGGCAAGGUAUGCCACGACUACGCCAAUAUGACUAUGGAUUUUUGUUGGAACGGCUCAGCAAUUACACUACGAGGUGGCAUGACGUCCCCUCAACCUAUCUCCUUCGGACAUUUAUGCUCCCUAGCCGCACAUGUGCCCCUGCAGUUCUUCGAAUUAAUACCCAUGGAUGGCCCUUCCCAGUCCACAACACCGGAUGCACUUGUGUUUUCGCCGG